AUGCUGAACAUAAUUAUGAUGCGAUGGACACGGGCUAUCGAACUGGCGAUCAAACACAAUUCAUAUCUGGACAUAGUAAUGGGUUAUAGGCAACGAUAUCUAGAGAAACUAGGCAGAAAGGAAACUGACAAGACCUUCCUUCGCUAUAUGGGACAG